CCUGAUUUUGCGUGUUGUUGUUAUUGUUAUUGUUUUUGCUGCUACUGACUGCUGGCUGCUGGCUGCUGCUGUCGCAAUGUUGCCGCAUUGGGCAAGUGAAAUGCAAAGUGAAGGCGCAGCCGCAGCAUAAUGUUUUGUGCAUGUGGCACAAACAUAUUAAUUAAACAAGAUAAAUAACAAAAUCAUAAGCAUCGUUGCCUCAGCUGUAUAUAUUUUGUUUCGGCUGCGUUUAUGUCUUUUCUUUUUUUCUUUUUUUUCGUUUGGCUCCCCUCUAAUUUUUUUUUGCCGCUGCCCAACGCGACGCGACGCACGCGUGUUGAAAGUUUUUGUUGCUUUUUUUUAUUAUUUUAUUUUUUGUAUUUUUAUUAUUAUUUGUUGUGUUGUGCUGUGUAUAUACAAACAUACAUACAUAUAUUACAAGUUGACGCCGCUGAGCGUGUUAUGUGGUUAUUCUAGUAGUUAAUAUUAUUGUUUUCCUUGUGCACUGCUCUCUGACCAAUGUUCUCUGCGGCCAAUGGCAAAAUCAAGUUGCCGCCACAUGAGACGGACGUCGUUGCUUCGUCGACGCUGCGCUGCCUCUUGCACGGACCCUUCCGCGACCUCCACUUCAAUGUCUCCGAUCAUCGGCUGAUACCCGUGCACGAUGUCGUCUUCCUGGACGACGUCGAACGCAACGUUAAGCCGCUCAUCUACAGGCCCGUGCUGCCCGAUACUGUGAUAACGACGUCGACAGAGACGUCAACGGAGACGUCAACGGAGACGUCAACAGUGACAGCGUCGCUUGUGACGUCGGCGCCGAAGCCAGCUGCUGGAACAGCCAAUGGCAGCAAAUAUCGAAAUAACAGUAUAAUAAAAAGAAUUAAUUGUUCAAAAUAUCGCAAAGUCAUUCGAGCCAUUCGGGAAAAAUAUAAA